CAACCGUGACGUCGUUGUUUAUAUAACAGGGAGGACACGUCGAGCUGUUGUUGUUUUGUAAUAUUAAAUCCGGAGUUACAGAAACAUGAUGUGGAAGAUUGUCUUCCCUGUUCUUGCGGCCGUUUUCGCCGUCGGGUUAGGAGGACUUGUAGGGGGGUUUUCCGACGUAGAUAUCAAUAACGAAGGGGUGCGUAAUGCCCUCAACUAUGCCGUCGUCCAACAUAACAGGGGCAGCAACGACAUGUACCUCAGCCAAGUAGCAGAAGUGGUCAAGGCUCAGAGACAGGUGGUUGCUGGCAUGAAGUACGUCAUCACUGUGAGAAUGGCGAAGACCCCCUGCAGAAAGGGCAGUGAAAAUGAAGUGUGCGCCAUCCACCAAGACCCAGCAAUGGCUCGGCCUUACCAGUGCACAUUCACAGUGUGGAGCCGCCCUUGGAUUAAUGAUAUCCAGCUGCUGAAGGAGACGUGCUAGAAAGAGAACCACGUGGGAAAUCUUUAGUCUUAGUAUUGUUUGCUGAAUAACCGUCAUACAGAGUCAUGUAUUCCUGUAUGCGAAACAAAAGUCAAUUUUCUGCCUAUGCUACUUCACUGCUACAUUGAAUAACUUUUGAAAGUCGGUGUGUUUCAGAUUAACCUAUAGAGUAAAGCAAUGUAAAGAUGUAUUAACUUUUAUAGGAGCAACUAAACCAAGCAAAUAACUAAUAGUUGUGGUAACCACACACUGUUUUAAAAUGAAAUGACAAUUAAAAUAGUAUGUGAACUU